UCCGGAUUGCCCGCCGGAAGUUUUGGAGCGCCAGAAGAGUUGAGUCCUGCGCCUCGUCAGUGUCUGGGACGCCCCAAGACUGUACUUUCAAGAAAAUUCACCCUUUCUGGUUCCUUUGGCGUCCUUCAACUGUGAGGGAAAUGAAGGUCCAGAACCUGGAACCCGGAGUGUUCGAAGACUCUGUGCCUCAACCAGUCUUGCGCUGUAGCUGUUUUUAUUAGCCCCAUUUUACUACAGGGAAGGAAAUCUCAGGCCUAGCGGAUGAAGUGACUUGCUGGACGUCACUGAGCGGAGGAGAUGACGAAACCCGGAUUGGAGCCCAUGCCUUCUAAUUCCCAGCUUGGACGGCCUCUUGUCCUGGGGAUGACUGAGUUCACUAUUGCAGGGGCACUACCACUGCCCAUCUAUGGACGCGACAUCUCGGGCAGGCCCUACUAAAACCUCCUCCCAGCCGACCGGGGCGAAGGGAAAACCCUGCAGGGAAAGAGCCGCCGGGCGAGCGGGCAAGGGGAGGUGGGCGGGAGCCUGAAUCUUGCCCCUCCCCCUGUCGGUGCGGCCCGGCUCUCCAGCUCCAGAGCUGUGAAUGGCCGGCCUCCCCAGCGAGCGUCGCGAUUGGUCCCCUUGCGGCCGUUGAGAUUUGAACUCCGUAUUUGUGGUUUAGCCCGCGCGGCCCUCGGCUCAGAGGCGGGCCUUUGCUUCUGCCUGCCGGGGAGUGGUCGGUUUGCCCGCCAACUUGAAAAUUGCUUCGCUGAUUGGUGCGUAUUGUGCACUCGUGUUUUUCCCUUCCAUUUCAGCCCGACUUCCAGAGUUCGUGUAGCUACGGGUGAGGUCCCCAGCCCUGUGAACCAGUGGGAGAAGGAUGUCUCCCCAGCUGUAUGAGUUCCAUCUGCCUUUAUCCCCAGAGGAGUUGCUGAAAAGUGGAGGGGUGAAUCAGUAUGUUGUGCAAGAGAUACUGUCCAUCAGACAUCUUCCUGCACAGCUUAGAGCAUUUCAGGCUGCCUUCCGAGCUCAGGGCCCCCUGGCUAUGCUGGAGCACUUUGAUACUAUCUACAGCAUUUUACAUCACUUUCGAAGUAUAGAUCCUGGCCUCAAAGAAGACACUCUGGAAUUCCUGAUAAAAGUGGUAUCCCGCCACUCCCAGGAACUUCCAGCCAUCCUGGAUGAUACAGCUUUGAGUUUAUCAGAUAGAAACGCCCAUCUAAAUGCCCUCAAAAUGAACUGUUAUGCUCUGAUACGCCUCUUGGAAUCCUUUGAGACUAUGGCCAGCCAGACAAGCCUCAUGGACCUGGACCUUGGUGGGAAGGGUAAGAAAGCCCGGACCAAGGCAGCCCAUGGCUUUGACUGGGAGGAAGAGAGGCAACCAAUUCUUCAGCUUCUAACACAGCUGCUCCAGUUGGACAUUCGUCAUCUGUGGAACCAUUCAGUAAUUGAAGAGGAAUUUGUCAGUUUGGUUACUGGCUGUUGCUACCGCCUUCUAGAGAAUCCCACCAUUAGUCACCAGAAGAACCGCCCCAUCCGGGAAGCCAUAACACACCUGCUUGGUGUGGCCUUGACACGUUAUAACCACAUGCUCAGUGCCACUGUGAAGAUCAUUCAGAUGCUGCAGCACUUUGAACACCUGGCACCUGUCCUGGUGGCAGCUGUGAGUCUGUGGGCAACUGAUUAUGGAAUGAAGAGCAUAGUGGGAGAGAUUGUAAGAGAGAUUGGACAGAAGUGUCCCCAGGAGCUGAGUCGGGACCCUUCUGGGGCAAAGGGCUUUGCAGCCUUCCUGACAGAACUAGCAGAACGUGUCCCAGGCAUUCUGAUGUCCAGUAUGUGCAUUUUGCUAGAUCAUCUGGAUGGAGAGAAUCACAUGAUGCGCAAUGCUGUGCUAGCAGCCAUGGCAGAGAUGGUAUUGCAGGUUCUGAAUGGUGAUCAACUGGAAGAAGCAGCCCGAGACACCAGAGACCAGUUCUUGGAUACCUUACAAGCCCAUGGCCAUGAUGUCAACUCCUUUGUGCGAAGCCGUGUUUUGCAGUUUUUCACCCGCAUUGUCCAGCAGAAGGCUCUCCCCCUGACACGUUUCCAGGCAGUGGUGGCUUUAGCAGUGGGACGUCUGGCAGACAAGUCAGUGUUAGUGUGUAAAAAUGCCAUCCAGCUGCUGGCCAGUUUUCUAGCCAAUAAUCCAUUUUCCUGCAAGCUUAGUGAUACUGACCUUGCUGGACCACUGCAGAAGGAGACCCAGAAAUUACAAGAGAUGAGGGCCCAGAGGCGAACUGCAGCUGCUUCUGCAGUGCUAGACCCAGAUGAGGAGUGGGAAGCCAUGCUGCCAGAGUUAAAGUCUACCCUGCAGCAGCUUCUAAAGCUUCCCCAGGAAGAAGAGGAAAUUGCUGAGCACAUUGCUAAUACAGAGACCCCUGAAGAGGUGAAAGGACGCAUCUAUCAACUGCUUGCCAAAGCUAGUUACAAGCAGGCCAUCAUUCUCACUCGAGAGGCCAUAGGCAGAUUCCAGGAGUCUGGACCCUUCAUUCAUAUAGACCCAGAGGAGUCAGAGGAGACCAUGUUCCUGAAUCUCUUAGGAAUCAUCUUCAAAGGCCCAGCAGCUUCUACACAACAGAAGACCAGGUGUACAGGGAACAUGGUCCCAGGACAGGUCUCAGGACAGACUGUCUGUAAAGACAAGCCCAAGGUGUCAGAGCCUGAAGAGUCCAGAGAAAGUGAUGAACUGGUGAAGCAGGAGAUGCUGGUGCAGUAUCUGCAGGAUGCCUACAGCUUCUCUCGGAAGAUUACUGAGGCCAUUGGCAUCAUCAGCAAGAUGAUGUAUGAAAACACAACUUCAGUGGUGCAGGAGGUGAUUGAAUUCUUUGUGAUGGUGUUCCAAUUUGGGGUACCCCAGGCCCUGUUUGGGGUGCGUCGUAUGCUGCCUCUCAUCUGGUCUAAGGAGCCUGGUGUCCGGGAAGCUGUGCUUAAUGCCUACCGCCAACUGUACCUCAACCCCAAAGGGGACUCUGCCAGAGCCAAGGCCCAGGCUUUGAUUCAGAAUCUCUCUUUGCUGCUAGUGGAUGCCUCAGUUGGGACGAUUCAGUGUCUUGAGGAAAUUCUCUGUGAGUUUGUGCAGAAGGAUGAAUUGAAACCAGCAGUGACCCAACUGCUGUGGGAGCGGGCCACUGAGAAGGUCCCCUGCUCUCCUCUGGAGCGUUGUUCCUCUGUCAUGCUUCUUGGCAUGAUGGCACGAGGAAAACCAGAAAUUGUGGGAAGCAACUUAGACACACUGGUGAGCAUAGGGCUGGAUGAGAAGUUUCCACAGGACUAUAGGCUGGCCCAACAGGUGUGCCAUGCCAUUGCCAACAUCUCUGACAGGAGAAAGCCUUCUCUGGGCAAACGUCACCCUCCCUUCCGGCUGCCUCAGGAACACAGGUUAUUUGAGCGGCUACGGGAGACAGUCACAAAAGGCUUUGUCCACCCAGACCCACUCUGGAUCCCAUUCAAAGAAGUGGCAGUGACCCUCAUUUACCAGCUGGCAGAGGGCCCCGAGGUGCUGUGUGCCCGGAUACUGCAUAGCUGUGCAAAGCAGGCUCUGGAGAAGCUGGAGGAGAAGAGCGCCUCCCAAGAGGACCCGAAGGAGACCCCCACUAUGCUCCCCACUUUCCUGUUGAUGAACCUGCUGUCCCUGGCUGGGGAUGUGGCUCUGCAGCAGCUGGUACAUUUGGAACAGGCAGUGAGUGGAGAGCUCUGUCGGCGCCGAGUUCUUCAGGAAGAACAGGAGCAUAAGACCAAAGAUCCAAAGGAGAAGAAUACAAGCUCUGAGACCACCAUGGAGGAGGAACUGGGGCUGGUUGGAGCAACUGCUGAUGACACAGAGGCAGAACUGAUCCGUGGCAUCUGUGAGAUGGAACUGUUGGAUGGCAAACAGACACUUGCUGCCUUUGUUCCACUUUUGCUUAAAGUCUGUAACAACCCCGGCCUCUAUAGCAACCCAGACCUGUCUGCAGCUGCUUCACUUGCCCUUGGCAAGUUCUGCAUGAUUAGUGCCACCUUCUGUGACUCCCAGCUUCGUCUUCUGUUCACCAUGCUAGAAAAGUCUUCACUCCCCACUGUCCGGUCUAACCUCAUGGUUGCCACUGGGGAUCUGGCCAUCCGCUUCCCAAACCUAGUGGACCCCUGGACACCUCAUCUGUAUGCUCGCCUCCGGGACCCAGCUCAGCAAGUGCGGAAAACAGCAGGGCUGGUGAUGACCCACCUGAUCCUCAAGGACAUGGUGAAGGUGAAGGGGCAGGUGAGCGAGAUGGCGGUGCUGCUCAUCGACCCCGAGCCUCAGAUUGCUGCCCUGGCCAAGAACUUCUUCAAUGAGCUUUCCCACAAGGGCAACGCAAUCUAUAAUCUCCUUCCAGAUAUCAUCAGCCGCCUGUCAGACCCCGAGGCGGGAGUGGAGGAAGUGCCUUUCCACACCAUCAUGCGGCAGCUCCUCUCCUACAUCACCAAGGACAAGCAGACAGAGAGCUUGGUGGAAAAGCUGUGUCAGCGGUUUCGCACAGCCCGAACUGAGCGGCAGCUCCGGGACCUGGCCUACUGUGUGUCACAGCUGCCCCUUACAGAGCGAGGCCUCCGCAAAAUGCUUGACAAUUUUGACUGCUUUGGAGAUAAACUGACAGAUGAGUCCAUCUUCAGUGCUUUUUUGUCGGCUGUAAGCAAACUACGGCGUGGGGCCAAGCCUGAGGGCAAGGCUAUAAUAGAUGAGUUUGAGCAGAAGCUGCGGGCCUUUCACACCAGAGGGUUGGAUGGAAUAGAGGGGCUUGAGAUUGGCCAAGGAGGUAGCCAGAGAGCCCCAUCAGCCAGGAAACAAUCCACUGUCUCUAGGCACCAGCAUGAUUUUGUCACACCUGAGCCCUGCCGGGCUACCCGUCGGCAUCCAAACACCCAGCAGCGAGUUUCCAAAAAGAAACCCAAAGUUGUCUUCUCAAGUGAUGAGUCCAGUGAGGAAGAGCUUUCAGCAGAGAUGACAGAUGAGACACCCAAGAAAACAACCCCCAUCCGCAGAGCAUCCACUCGCAGGCGCAGAUCCUAGCAGGUCUUCUUGCUUCUUCCCAUCCCUCCUGGGCAGGGUAUCUUGUUGUAUGCCUUGAAGUCCAAUUCCGUUCCCCUUGUAAAAUAUUUAUUUGCCUGUCUCCUAUGUAUUUUUUUAAUACAUAAAUGAUCUUUAAAAUGCAAGGCAUUUCUCUUAAACUAGCAUAACUGAACUUCAUUCCGCUGCUUUCACUUUGGAAUAUAUGUUUGCCAAUCUCCUUGUUUUCUAAUAAUAAAUGCUUUUAUAGACUUUUA